UGUACUCCUGGUAAUUCUGGAUUCAUGGACAAUGAUGUCAUCAGCAAAAAGAAAGACCAUGUCACAACAGAAAAAAACUCCAUUUCAACUCCAGUUUCUGGAGAAAUAUUACUUAGAGGAGAAAUAUCCAAAGCAAACAGCCAUGGAAGAGUAUGCUGCAUCCCUGAAUUUGACAUACAAGCAGAUACGGACAUGGUUUGUUGAAAGGAGAAGAAAGGAAAGAAGGGAAAAUGAAGUUCGUGGCUGCAAUAAGGGCCUUUUAGAGGGACUACACAAGUUUGGCUAUAUCAAGUCUAGAAAGAACACAAAUGUGAUCAGUGGCCUGUGUAGGAACAGGUCAAAAUCUAUGAUUAGUUCAAAAUACAGCAUGGCAAUUAGUCAAGAAUUAGGUCAUUCAAUGGAUACUGUAUUGUUUACUAGUAAUGAGAGCUGCAAAAAGAACAGGAAGAAGCCAACAUCUAGGAAGAACUGUAAAAAUUCAUCAGAUAUGGGAGAUAUGAGAUAUAAUACUUUUUCUAAAUGUCAUCAACCAUGUAACCACAAGUUAACUGUGCUUCGGGGGAAGUGUUGUGAAGUAGCCAACAACUAUCAGCAUAUUGGCCAAAAGAAUCGCCAAGUCUGCCUCCAAAGUUUAUUCUCUAAGGACUAUAUCUUGAAGAGAAUAUUCCGCAAGGAUGGUCCUCCACUUGGGGUAGAGUUUGAUUCCCUUCCCAGCAGAUCUUCUAAUUUUCUUACAGCUUCUGAAACAAGACUUUCUUAUCGAGACAGCCAGAGGGUCCCAAAAAGGAAAAAGUUGCUUUAUCAUACUGUGGAAUCUGGACUGGAAGAUGUUUCCACAACAAAUUAUGGUAUUGGGAAAGGUUUGAUGACGGUGUGGCGUGCAACAAACCACAAUAAGGUGAAUUGCCCAUCUAAAAUUAAUAUUUUGGAUGGAGGUGCUGCACAGAUGCCAUUUAACUCUUCCUUUAAGGAGACACUAUCUCGGGCAUCCAAAGGAAUGCAGCAGCGUAAACUUGUUCCGAAACAACAUAGUUGGCAGAGAAAGUUUCAGGAGAAGAGAAGGCCUCCCCAAAAAAGAAGAAAGGUACCAUGUAGCAAGGAUGCCAACCAAAAGAGACCUCCAUGGACGACCUGCAAACUUGCAAUUCAAGAUCCAAUUCUAGAACAGUCAAAUGCAUUGGCACAAUUAGUAGAUGAUGAGGAGUUAGAGCUGAGAGAUUUACAAGCGGGACCAAAGCCAUUAAGAUGUUCUGCUCAUUUUGCUUCAGAUGGAAGACAUGAUUGUCCACUUUGUAAAGACUUGCUGGCCAGGUUUCCUCCUGAAGCGGUCAAAAUGAAGCAGCCAUUCUGUACAAGGCCUUGGGAUACUUCUCCAGAGCUCGUGAAAAAGUUUUUCAAGGUGCUCCGGUUCUUGUAUAGUAAUGCUGCUACCAUUGAGAUACACCCCUUCACUAUUGACGAACUAGCCCAUGCAUUCACUGAUAAGGAUUCCAUGUUGCUAGGAAAGAUUCAUGUGGCUCUCCUCAAGCUUCUUCUGCUGGAUGUUCAAAGGGAGGUGACUGCUGGAUCAAUUUCUCGAGCACCGAAAGAUGGCAGGUUUCUUGGGUUUUUACACUUUGUGAGAGAACACGAGAUUGACGUGCAUGUAUGGAGUCAAUCUCUUAAUGCUCUUACAUGGGCCGAAGUAUUGAGGCAGGUUCUUACUGCAGCAGGUUUUGGUUCAAAGUCUAAUAGUGCAAGGAGAGAAAUCUUCAGUAAGGAGAGGAAUCAAAUGGUAAAAUAUGGUCUACGCCCUCGUACGCUUAAAGGUGAACUAUUCACCAUAUUAUCUGAUCAAGGAAUUGGUGGACUAAAAGUUAGUGAGCUAGCAAAAACUUCUCAGAUUGUUGCGCUUGACCUACCUUGCACCAAAGAAGAAACAGAGCAACUAAUUUGCUUGACGCUAUCAAGUGACAUUACAUUAUUUGAGAAGAUUGCACCUGCUGCAUAUCGCCUUCGUAUUAACCCGAAUAUUAAAGGGAAGGAGGAGCAUCAAUCUGAGAGUGAGGAUUCAGGCAGCGUGGAUGAUGAUUCUGGAGGUAAUAGUGGUAGCAGUAGUGAUGAGUCUGAUGGUUCUGAGGAGUCGAACUCAGCAAGCCAUGGACAAAGGAUAGUCAAAUACAGACACCGAAGAAAAAGAACAGGCCAAAAAGUGACCGAGUAUAAUGAGAUUGAUGAGAGUUAUUCAGGGGAAGCAUGUGUUCUAGGACUGAUGGAAGGUGAAUACUCAGAUUUAAGCAUUGAUGAGAAGCUUGAGGCUUUAACAGCUUUGGUUGACCUUGCUGGAGCUUGUUCCAGUUUGGGAAUUGAGGAACGCACAGGAGAUAUACCAGAAACUGUUUCCAGUAUGCUAUACCAUGGAUCAGGUGCAAAAAUAAAGAAAUCAUUGAUGGACCCCCACCUAUUGUCACAAAAUCUGGAAAUAGUCUCACAAGCAUCUAAGAAGGGGCAAUCUUCCUUAACAAAGAGCAGUAUUGCUAAAGACAAAUCUGGGCAUGACCUGCAUGCAAUGCAAUCAAUAUGUUUAGGAUCUGAUCGUAGAUACAAUAAUUAUUGGCUGUUUCUGGGUCCAUGUGACAUAAUUGAUCCAGGACAUCGGCAGGUUUAUUUUGAGUCUUCUGAAGACGGCCACUGGGAGGUCAUCAAUACGCCACAGGCUUUGGAUGCUCUGCUAUCAGCUUUAGACUGCAGGGGUACAAGGGAAGCUCGUCUUUUUGGAUCGUUAGAUAAGAGGGAAGCAUUUCUCUGCCAGGCUAUGAAUGAUUGUACGGCUACUGACUAUAUCAGCAGGCAAAAAAGUGGGCCAUCUGACUUGGAUAAUAAUAGUGGCGGUGGCUCGUCACCUAUUUCUGACGUAGAUAAUAUUCAAGAUUCUGUUGACUCCAUGAAAAGACAUUCAUCUGCAUCCUGUGCUGUGGCUGUUGAACUCGGAAAGAGCAGGAAAGAAAAGAAGCAGAAGUGGGAUCGACUGCAAGCAUUUGAUAAAUGGGUUUGGAAUGAUUUCUAUUCUGAUCUAAGUGCUGUUAAAAGAAGUAAACGGUCUUACAUGGAAUCAUUAGCUCGGUGUGAGCAGUGCCAUGAUUUAUACUGGAGAGAUGAGAAACAUUGCCGAAUAUGUCAUACCACUUUCGAAUUAGAUUUUGAUCUUGAGGAAAAAUAUGCAAUUCACACAGCAACAUGUAGGGUAACCGAAGAUAGCUGUGAUUUUCCCAAGUAUAAGGUUCUACCUUCACAGUUGCAAGCCCUUAAAGCAGCAACUCAUGCAAUUGAGGCGUGCAUGCCCAAGGUUGCUUUAUCAGAUGCUUGGUCGAGAUCGGCUCACAAGCUUUGGGUUAAGCGGCUUAAACGCACAUCAUCCUUGCCAGAGUUUCUGCAGGUUCUUGCUGAUUUUGUUGGGGCAAUAAAUGAAGAGUGGCUGUAUGAAUGUGCUUCAGCUUUAGGUACAAGUACUGCUCUAGACGAGGUCAUUGUAUACUUUCAGACUAUGCCACAGACUACCUCUGCUGUUGCACUUUGGAUGGUUAAGUUGGAUGCCCUCAUUGCUUCUCAGUUAGAGAAGGUUCAAUCCGAACAAGUAGCACAAAUAGCAGAAAAGAGACCUCAGCCGAAAAGAAGGCGUAUCUGCACAAUGUAGUUAACAAGUUCAUUGCUGUAUCCGGCACACUUGAGACUCCAACUGGAGAGUCGGUUUGGUUUCAGCAGAUCCAUAGAUUGCUCGUCAAGGCAUUAAAAAUAUUGAAGCAAGCAUUGGUUCCUAUAAUAUAACAGGAACAUUUUUUGGCAGUAGCAAUGAGAGGUCACAGCCUUAGUGGCCUUCUGAUGUGGAUUUACUCCUCAAAAUGAGCAGAUAUACUGGAACUGCUAGGAUUCUGCUGAUUCUGAUUGCUUAAUGUAUGAGGCAGUCAAGCUGCUCUAAGGAUGCAGGCAGUCGAUCAAGCUAACUGACACCACUAAGAUGCCGACUAUAUUCUCAGAAGUUAUAGAUUCCAUGUAACACUGUUAUACAAGCCUUUUACAGUGCAAACACCAUUGUUGUUAAUAAUCACUACUUGUAUCUGGAUCUUAUACUCGUAAAGGUUUGGCCAGAAUCACUUCAUUAUCCUUCUGAAUUUGCUGCCGUCGGGAAUCCUUUGGCUGGCGAGUUUCUUUUUUUUUUUAAUAAAAUUUAUUUUUUGACCUUGUCAUGUAAUUUUGAAUAGAGACUUGUAUUGAGUUUUGAAUGUAAAUUUUAUGAGCGGACGUCUCUGUGUACAAUAUUUCCUGUUCUUUU